AUGACGGUGCUGCUGCCCUCGUUCAUCGCGGAUGGCAACUGGUUCCUGCUGGCUCUGGCCGUACCUGUGGCUGCUCUUGGGGCAUUGGUGCAUCCUCGUUGGCGUGUACACCUCGGCGAUGUCUCUCGACGCAGCACCAAGCGUUUAUAUCUGCUAUGGGGGCUGCUAUUACUCAGCGCAAUACUCGGAGUUUUGGGCAUCUCUCUCGAGGUUUAUCACUCGCAUGGAUGUCCCAAUAGUGCUGUAUUCCGCUACGAGAUCGAGAAUUUGGCUCGCUUCGUGUAUCAGCUAUGCACACGCGCUGACCUACCGUAUUGGGCGGCUUUCGGCAACUUACUCUUCGUCAUGCGCGGCCAGCGUCGUAUCCCUGUAGGAGACACAGACUCGGACAUUGGCGUGGUCAAAACGGACUUCAUACAGCAGUUCGGUAGCGUUAGUAACUUCUCGGACGUUGUACGACGAGAAGCUCAUCUCGAGCUCCAGAGACCUGUGCAUGUGGUGUAUCACACGGAACGGGAAUUGGUGCAGAUUUACUUGGACGAAGCGGCGAAGGGUUCCCACGCAGAUAUCUGGUUCUAUCGAGAGGAGGUGGAUACAGAGACCGGCACUAAGUGGCUAGUCAAUGACGACCGUACUAUUCGAGGAAAGUGGUUGCUAUACGACCAAGUGCUACCGCUACAUGAGGAGCCAGCGUUCUUCCUCAAUGUACCUGUGACUGUCCCACGUAAUGCCAGUUAUCUGGCUAGGGCGGAGUAUGGAGCAAACUACAUGACACCGAUCACUAUGAGGAUGGAAUGUUUAGAGAAUAUGAUCAAUGGGUACACGUUCUACAAGACAACGUUCCUUACAAAACUCCGUUAUGGCAGUACAUUUGUGGCGUUAGUUGCAGCGAUGACUCUGCUGGCUGCGAACUACAUCCCGCUGUUGAGUAGAGCGCUAAAGUUAAAAAAGGGAGGCCACGGCGCGUACCUUGAGGCUGCCCAACGGGGAUCUGACAAGUAUUUCGUCUAA